GUUUGUUUGCCUGACUUUCUGUCUUGUGUUUAAACAGUUUGUUAUUUUGUAGAAUGGAGGAUCAUGAUGAUCUUACUCCCAUUUUCCAAAGGCAGAGUGAUGUGUUAACAGCAACUUAUGGUGAUUACUUUUUAGCUGAAUUAAUUGAAGCUCAAGAUGAAAGCAACAAAGCUGUUGUUGCUGAGGUUGGUGGUACUGCUGUCGGAUUUAUGAAUGUCACUUGCAAUGUUGAUAUUGAUUUGCUGAGUGGCUGCUUUGAACUUGGGCCUUGCCAUGGUUUGAAAAAACAAAGUGAUGAUGAUACUUGGGAAGAGAGAACAGCAUCAGAGAUUUGCUCUGAAUCAGCAUUGUCAAGCACCACGAGAUGUGACAGUAAUAAUGAACGUUCAAGUUCUAAUACUGCUUUGUUGGGGAGAUAUCAAGAGCAAGGGAGUAGACCUGUCAGUGCAUUGUCAAGUGUUCGAAGUCAAUCUGUUGUCGCUACUCCUCAUGGUAAGUUGCAUAUACUGAAACAUUGUCGUAGUUGGAUAUCAGUUGGUUAGAAUGGCAGUUUGGAA